AUGCCCACCCCGAAUGGUGACCCGAUGCUCUAUCAUUUGAUGAUGUUGCAUGAGGUUCGUGAUGUAGAGGUAGUCAGGGCUAGGAGGUUUUGGUUCGAGUUACAAGGCAGGGUGGUUGAAUAUGGUGAAAUAGAAUUUUGCUUGAUUAGCGGUUUGAGAUUUGGACCGUAUGUUGAUAUAAUAAAUACAAAAGUCAGCAAAAGUUUAGCAUUAAGGAAUCGGUUGUUCCCUAAUGUGAGAGAUGAAGAUUUACGGCUGAAUGAUUUAGAAAACUACGUAAAAGGCUCAGCAUUCUCGAUGUGUAGCGAUGAGGAUGCGGUAAUGGUUAUGCAAAUGAUAUUUUUGUUAAGGGGUCUCAUAGGACGAUACGACAAUACGUGCUUUCCGUCGGCAAUGUAUGAGCUAGCCGAUAGUCAAUAUAAUUGGAAUAGGUUCCUCCGUGACGGAACCAUUGAAGAACAGAAAAGGGAAAAACCACAGAAGGAAAAUAAUGUAGCAAAAAGACCAUUACUAUUGGACAAUUAUGCAGAUUGUGAUGAUGAAUUUUGGAAAUUACGGGGAAAAAAGAUGGGGGCGGUAUUUGUGGAGCAUAGACUUUUAAGGGAUAUUGACAUGAAUUGCCAAUUUUGGUCUAGUUUACUUGGUAUUGGCUUUGGAUGGUUGCUCUUUGAGGAAAUAAGUCCGUCGAAUGGUAGGUGGACGAUUAUUAAUCCUGAAUGCACGACUUUGGAACCUAGGAAACAACAUUAUUUGAGGCGUAUAACAGUCGGGAUGGUUGAUGGACCACAUUGGAAGGAUAUUGAUCAGUUAAAUGGUGUGGUUUCUUUAAAAAAACAUGCGAGUGGUGGUAGUUUCAAAUCGUUGGAAGAUAGUAUAUUAAGUGAACUAGACCAUAUAUCAUAUUGGGCCCAUUUUCCCAAUAGACAGAAACCUACUGAAGUGAAAUUCGUUAAAGCUAAACAUGUGCCACAGCAGGAAAAAGUAGAAAAAGGAGAAAGAGGAGAUUGUGAAGUUUUUGUGUGCAUGUUCAUGGAAAUGCUUGCAUCGGGUGUACCAGUGGAGACACGUGAAUCACCUAGAGGUAUGGGAUUUACUUAUCAUAAUAGGAUGGCAGAAAUUAUUUGGAAUAGUAGAUUUUGA